AUGACGGUCCGCACAGGCAUGGGCACAUCGCUCCUUCUCUCCGCUCUCUUGUUCCAAAGCGCGUACGGAGCGCUUGUCCCCGUGGACCCCACCAAGUUCAAGGUCGGCGAGCUCAAGUGGUCAAAUUGCACUGGGGAGGACGUCGUUCCCGGUGCAGAAUGUUUAGUUCAGCAGGGGCUGACGACAUACCGUAGUGUACCUUUGGACUACUUCAAUCCUAGCGCAGGUGUUGCCAAGAUUGCUCUUGGGCGGUUCAACGCGACAGCUGCUACGAGGAAGGGCAGCGUAUUCCUGAACCCCGGCGGACCCGGCGGGCCAGGGGUCGUCACCCGGCAUGCUCUCGUCUGGGACAACGCUGGCUGUGGGAAGCUCGGAGUGUCCAGCUCCUGUGGGCACAGACAAUGCGCAGCCCACUGCCGUACAGCUCUCGCAAGCUGUGGAUUUCGACCUCACGACCAGGCUCGCAAGCUGGAGCUCGCCGCGCGCGAGCUAGCAGCCCAACAGCGUAUCGACGCCCCAGUCAUUGCUAGCCAGGGCGGUUUCCAUCUUGACCGUCCACAGCCUAUCCAUCCACCCGACCCACUCCCAGCGCCCGGCAUCAUCCCCCUGCCUGCAGCAACCCCUAUCCCGGCAGUCCCUUCCAGCGGGAACCGUGCGCCAGAGCCAGAGCCGACGCUUCCACAGAGAGAGCUUCAAGUUCCCAUGGCGCCAGAGUGGAAACGCAAGUGGGAGGCAGAGCGGAGCCGUGCCAUGAGCGAGCGGGAUGCGGAACGAGAGCGCCGUGAAAAUGAGAAGGCAGAACUCGAGUCGGCAACGCUAUGGUUUUGGGCCGAGGGCCUGAAGGCGUACCCAACUAUGAAGCUCUCUGACCGGCCGCGCACACUGCAGAGGUUCGACCUCGGUGAAACGGACGACAUUCAAGUGUACGAUCUCGACUCUCGGUACUGGCAAUACCAGAAUGUGUCUGACGCGUUCAACGUGAAGCGCAACCGCGUCCUGCUCAUCCGCCGUGUUGGAGUCACCCUCUGCGCAGAUGUCGACGCGCGCAUCGUGGAUGCUGAACGUGCCAGUGUUAGCUCACCCCGCAAGGGCGUUCACAAUACACCGAUGCCGCCUCUGGCGGGUGACCCUUGGGCUUCCCACCGAGCGAAGCGUCCCCGCGAGGAUGACCAGGCAUUCUCACAUCGCCACACCGCCCCUCGUCUAGCCCUUUCGCAGCUCUCCCCCUCUCAUCCCAUCACACACUCGCACUGGCACCCUGAUGGGUAUGCGGUAUCGCCGUUUAUGCUCCCUGCAGCCCUUCCAUUCCACUCGAUGUUUGGGUCACCUGCCGUGGGUGGAUCACCCUCUGGGCUUGCAUCCCCACUGGCGCUCACAUCACCGACACCAGGUACACCCACCCACUUGCCAGCCCCACCAUCGACACCUGCUCCUCUGUGGUCACCACUACCUACGGCGACUCUGGGUACCUUACUGAGCUCAUCCUCGGUAGCCUCUCCUCCGGCAUCCUCGCGGACCUCCUCAUCCCCAGGCCUGCUCGAUGAACCACUACAGACAGAUGCACUCACCAGCACACCGUACCGGGCAUCUGGGCUUGGACUUCAGGGACUCCCGGGACCACCAUCCUCAGCUGAUGGACAGCUCGACGAUUGCAUCCUCGACGAGCUCUGGACUGCUGGGCAGGUGUUUGUCCCUCUUGGAGCAGCGGAUCUAGUCUGGCCGCAAGGUCUAUACACCCGGGAUCUGGCCAAAGGACUAUCUAUUCUGGCGACACUUCAAGCAAACAUAUCUGCAGCGGCGGGCGAACGGAUCAAGGACUACAAGCUUGCCCUCCUCCCUGAGCACUUUGCGCAAGUCUUCCCUGGGUAUCGGUUCGUCCUCAAGACGUACUACACACAACGUUCUGUAUGGAAGGCGGCAACCGAGGCGCAGCGCACCGCGAUGCUACAACAACCACGCACCAAGCCACAUGGGCUAUGGACAACAUACCGCUUGCAGCUGCCAGCGUGGACGCUCCGGAAGGUGCAUCGCAAAGGGGCAUAA